GAGACACCAAACCAGAUUAAAUGCUGUCUGCAAAACUGACGCGAAGUUACUUCAAAGCUUCAUCAUGGGGGAGUGAACCCAUGCAGUACACGCCUGCUGAGCUGCUCGACAUUCGGGGAGCCGCCCGUCCCGACAAAGAGGCAAUAGUGGUCCUUGAUGCCGACAAGCCAAGACAAGCAAUCACAUUCGGUGAACUCAAGACCAAGACAGAGCAGCUGGCCGCGGGGAUGAUACGACAAGGCCUGCAGACGGGGGACAGAGUAGCCCUUCUCUGUCCAACCUCGCUUGAGUACUCUAUUUGUGAGUAUGCCAUGGUGAGGACCGGCGCCAUCCUGAUUCGGCUUCACGUCAGCGUCAAGUCAAGUGAUUCGGUCAAGUUUGUGCUGAAUCACACCAAAUGUCGCUGGCUUAUCGCACAUAUUGGCGACAGAGGUGAAAAUUAUCGUAUGUUGACGGAUAUGAUCCCCAGUCUGGCAGAGCAAGGACCAUUUGUUCAACUUGGAGCAGAUCUACCGCACUUGGAAACUAUUUUCAUGAUUUCAUCUGACGCCGAGUUGUACCCAGGAACAUUACCGUGGACGACAUUAUUCGAAGGGAUCAAAGUUGACGACCUAGCAACGAUGCAGCAGCGUCAAGCAACCAUUGACGGUGACAUGAUCCAUGGUGUUUAUUGUACCUCCGGCAGCACUGGCAACCCUAAAUUCGUUGCAAUAUCGGGUCAUGGGAUGACGAAUUUGUUCCGUGCAUUCUUCGAUCGUAUGGGCUUGAACGAAACAGAUAAAGUAAUGGGUGACCGGCCUAUGUGUUACGUUGGGGGAAGCACUUCAACUACCCUUGCCAUCGGAUUGACGUAUAUCUCCAUGAAGACCCCGACAACAGGCCCCGAAGCCCAGAAAGGACUUGACUUCUUCUUUAAGUGUAUAGAGGUCGAGGGUAUUAACGUGCCUUUCAUGUUCCCAUAUAUGCUGCACGAGCUCCUUGGACGGGUCCAAGCUGGCAUGGAUAUUAGCAAGAUUAAGGUGAGCCUGACAGGAGGUGAGGUUAUUCAGAAGGACUUACUACGUGGUUUGUAUGAGUUGGGCUACCACAUGGUAAAUGCCUAUGGUUGUACCGAGAUAGCUGUAAUCUGUUCCUCUCUAACCAGUGAUCCGAUUGAUAUCAAGAUCGAGAAAACUGGUAUUGGAUGUGACAAUGAGGUUAAGAUCAUUGAUGAUAACGGAGUGAUCGUCCCUAUUGGAUCAGCGGGUGAGGUGUGCGUCAGGAAUACGUACAUGUUCGUGGAAUACCUGGGAGAUGAGGAAAAGACAAGACAAGCUAAAGAUUCCAGGGGAUGGUAUCAUACUGACGAUAUCGGGGUCAUGGACGAGAACGGAUACUUGUCAAUACAGGGCAGAAGGACAGAAGUCAUCUCCAAGGCGACCGUAAAGAUUUACCCUUCAGCCAUUGAAAAAGUGUUUCGCGAACACCCCAAAAUCCACAAAGUGGUUGCUGCAGGGAUUCCUCACCCUAUCAUCAAGGAGGAAAUAUGUCUGUGCAUCGUUGAGAAGCCGGGCGCAGUUCUCACGGUCGAGGACGUUCGUGAUUUCUGCAAGGAGAACCUCCAGUGGGACGAGACGGGGUCGCCGGGGAUGAUUCCUGACUAUGUCCUGCUGUUUGACAAGUUCCCGACCGGCGCGACUGAUAAAACAGAUCGGAAGAAGAUACGGACUGAGGCGAUUCGGCGCGUUGAGGCGGGCAGGGAGGGAUGUAAAAUACAUGUAUAAGCAAUCAUCGGACUUGCGUUAGUGGUAGAAUCGGUGGCGGCGGGUAGCUUUUGGCAGUCGAUAUAUUAUGAAUGUCUGUAUGAGGUUGAUGUUAUCGCGUGAUUUACUGGACGUAUGCCUUAAUGAAUUCUGGAAAAAUAAUCCCAACUGGACACGAACACGUUACACGUUUUCUUCUCCAUUUCUUUCAGGUAAAUAUCAAUGAAUGGUCUCCCGCCUUUUGAUUGACAUGUCAUGUUAUAUGUUUGUGGGUAUGUUCCGGGUAAGUUCUUCGAAUUGUACACGUGGAUGCAGAACCAGGGGCCGACUGGGUAUGAAGGGGGAGGGACACUCUGGAUGACACAUGGAGAUAGCAUUCAAAUUCAAAAAUGCGUGGCAGGAGUUGUUUUUUUUGGUCAGGGAGAUGUUACAUUAUCGACUCGGACAACAAGCAUGCCACAUUGCGCCAGAUGCCUUAUAUUAUGUAAUAAUUUUCAAACGUUUCAUGUUUUACCAGAUA